AUGACAGAAGCUAUCGUCAAAAAUAUUGACAAUGCGUGUGAAACUGCUGAAGAAUUUACAAAAGUAUUCUAUAAACAAGUUGAUAAUAACCGGCAUUUAACUUCCAAACUAUAUCUGGACACCGGCCUGCUAGUUUGGAAUGGAAAUGGAAUAACUGGUAACGACAAGAUACAAAAGUUCUUGAUGGACUUACCCGCCAGUAAUCAUGUGCUGAAGACAUUAGAUGCACAACCAAUUUCUGAGAAUUUGGUUUCAAAUAAGCUCACAUACCUUAUUCAAGCUUGUGGAGAUGUAACCUAUCAAAAUGACGACAGCAAGAAACCGUUUCAACAAACAUUUGUGAUUGUAGCUGUUGAUGGAAAGUGGAAAAUUGCAUCAGAUUGUUUCAGAUUACAAGUGCCGUAUAAUAGUUAA